GUACGCAGCGGGCCCGCUCAGCUGCGCGCAGCCAUCAGCAUUAUAAGGCACCCCGUGCGAAGGCGUCAAUCUAGGACUCCCUCUGCACUCAUCCUCGGCUCGUAUGGCGCAAGAUUCGCUCAGCUCGCAGGAGACCCUCCAGCCCGCAGAAAAAUCGAGAUGGAACUGGCGGUCGCCCCUCACUCCUAAAGAAGUCCCUCCUGCAAAGGAGUCUCUCGACGACGCCGAGCAGAUCCCCGAGGUCACUGCAGGAUGGUGGAACAUCAUGACGUUUGGGUGGAUCACCCCUCUCAUGGCUCUCGGAUACGCCCGUCCCCUCGAAGCUACCGAUCUGUACAAGCUCCAGGAUAGCCGAGCCGCUGCGGUUGUAGCCGAGAAGAUCACAAAGUCGUUCGAAGCCCGUCAGAUAGCUGCUGCAGAAUACAACGCUCGUCUCGAGAAUGGUGAAAUCAGCCCAGGUCUCAAGGGCGUGUGGUGGUCCGUUCGCGGGAACCGAGCUCAGCGCGAGAAGCAGUGGCGGGAGAAGGAUGGCCGAAAGAGAGCUAGCCUGACCUUGGCUAUGAACGACAGUGUCAAGUGGUGGUUCUGGAGUGGUGGCAUCUUGAAACUCAUCGCGGACUGUGCUCAAAUUACCAGUCCCCUUUUGGUCAAGGCUAUCAUCCUCUUCGCCACAGAUUCGUUCAGCGCGCACCGUGCUGGACGAUGGGAAGACAUUCCUCCAAUCGGCAAAGGCAUUGGACUGUCCAUUGGUCUAUUCGCGCUCCAGAUACUCUCGUCCAUCUGCACACAUCACUUCUUCUACCGCGCGGCUUCUACUGGCGUUCUCCUUCGUGGUGGUUUGAUUACCGCCAUCUAUGACCGGUCACUCAGACUUUCGUCUCGGGCACGUGCUACGCUCACGAACGGCAAACUCGUCAACCACAUCUCGACAGAUGUCUCCCGCAUUGACUUCUGCUGCUCGUUCCUCCAGCUGUCGAUCACCGGCCCUAUACAGAUGAUCAUUUGCCUCAUUAUUCUGCUGACCAACUUGGGUCCUUCUGCGCUGGCUGGCUUCGCGUUCUUCAUUCUGGCGACGCCGAUACAGACGCUGGUCAUGAAGCACUUCAUUAAGCUGCGCCACAAGUCCAUGAUUUGGACGGACAAGCGCGCGAAGUUGCUCCAAGAGCUCCUGGGUGGUAUGAAGAUCAUCAAGUACUUCGCAUGGGAGGUCCCGUACCUGAAGAAGAUUGAAGAGUUGCGUGGUAGGGAGAUGGCGUACAUUCGCUCUCUGUUGGUGAUUCGCUCAGCCAACAACGCUAUCGCCAUCUCGCUGCCCGCACUCGCUAGCGUGCUCGCGUUCGUGGUGUACUCGGCCACGGGCCAUUCUCUGAACGCGGCCGACAUCUUCUCGUCUCUCACGCUCUUCAACUUGCUCAGAAUGCCACUUAUGUUCUUGCCGCUCUCCCUCAGCGCCAUCGCCGACGCGCACAACGCCGUCGACCGCCUCUACGGCGUCUUCGAGGCGGAGACGCUCUCGGAGACGAAGAUUCAGGACGUCGACCUCAAGAACGCGAUCGAGAUCAUUGACGGCGAGUUCGUAUGGGACGGCCCGCCCCCGGAUGCGCCUGCGCGCAAGGACAAAAAGGGCAUGUUUGGCAACAAGAAGAAGCCGAGCAAGACGAACGUGCCGGAUGCAGACGCCGAGAAGUCGCAGGAGUCGACGUUCAGACUCAAGGACGUCAACCUUGCAAUCCCCGAGGGGCAGCUCGCGGCUAUCGUCGGACCGGUCGGGUCGGGCAAGUCGUCCCUUCUGGAGGGCAUGAUCGGGGAGAUGCGUCGCACAGCGGGCAGCGUCAAGUUCAAGGGCUCCGUCGCGUACUGCCCGCAGAGCGCGUGGAUCCAGAACGCGACCGUGCGCGACAACAUCAUCUUCGGGCGGCCUUUCGACGAGGAGCGCUACUGGAAGGCCGUGCACGACGCCUGCCUCGAGGCCGACCUCGAGCUGCUCCCCAACGGCGACCUGACCGAGGUCGGCGAGCGCGGCAUCUCGCUCUCCGGCGGACAGAAGCAGCGCAUCAACAUCUGCCGCGCGAUCUACGUCGGCGCGGACAUCCAGAUCUUCGACGAUCCGUUCUCCGCGCUCGACGCGCACGUCGGGAAGAGCGUGUUCAGCAACGUGUUCCUCGGCGCGGCCGCGGACAAGACGCGCGUGCUCGUCACGCACGCGCUGCACUUCCUCCCGCAGGUCGACUACAUCUACACGAUGGUCGAGGGGCGCGUCGCGGAGCACGGCACGUAUGCGGCGCUCAUGGCCGCGGACGGCGACUUUGCGCGCUUCGUGCGUGAGUUUGGGAGCAACCAGAACCAACAGGAGGAGGAGGAGGAGGCCGUCGAGGAGGCGGUUGAGGACGGGGAGGCGGCGGAGAAGAAGGUGAAGAGGAAGGCGGCGCCGGCGAUGAUGCAGGUCGAGGAGCGGAAUACGGGCGCGGUGAGCAACCAGGUGUACAUGGAGUAUAUCCGCGCGGGGAAGGGGUUCAUUAUCAUCCCGCUGCUGUUGAUCUCGGUCGCGCUCAUGCAAGGGGCGCAGGUUAUGUCGUCGUACUGGCUUGUGUACUGGCAGGAGUUGAAAUGGCCCUUCGGCUCCGGAUUCUAUAUGGGGAUCUACGCUGGGCUCGGUGUCGCACAAGCAUUGACUUUCUUCAUGAUGGGCGCGACGUUCGCUACCCUCACAUACUUCUCCUCGAAGUCGCUGCAUCGCGCCGCGAUCAACCGCGUCAUGCACGCACCCAUGUCAUUCUUCGAGACUACACCGCUGGGCCGCAUCAUGAACCGAUUCUCCAAGGACGUGGACACGAUCGAUAACACCCUCGGAGACGCGAUGCGCAUGUUCGUCGCGACGCUGGGCAACAUCCUCGGCGCGGUCAUCCUGAUCGCGAUCGUGCUCCCUUGGUUCCUCAUUGCCGUCGGCGUCGUAGGUGUCGCGUACGUCUGGGCCGCGAUGUUCUACCGCGCGAGUGCGCGUGAGCUCAAGCGACUCGAUGCACUCUUGCGGUCGUCGCUGUACAGCCAUUUCUCAGAGUCGCUCUCUGGGCUGGCGACUAUUCGCGCGUACGGCGAGACGGACAGGUUCUUGGAAGAGAACCGCAAGCGCGUUGAUAUUGAGAACCGUGCCUAUUGGUUGACUGUCACGAAUCAGCGCUGGCUCGGUAUCCGUCUUGACCUCAUGGGCAUAUUCCUCACCUUCGUCGUCGCCAUGUUGACCGUCGGCACGCGCUUCACGAUCUCGCCGUCGCAGACUGGUGUCGUGCUGAGUUACAUCAUCAGUGUGCAGCAGGCGUUCGGCUGGCUCGUCCGGCAGAGCGCGGAGGUCGAGAACGACUUCAACAGCGUCGAGCGUAUCGUCCACUACGUCAGGGAGCUCGAACAGGAACCUGCCCACCUCAUCGCUGACCGCAAGCCGCCCGCCUCAUGGCCCGCACAAGGACAGAUCGAGCUCAAGAACGUCGUGCUCAAGUACCGCCCCGAACUUCCGGCGGUCCUUAAGGGCCUCUCGAUGUCCGUGCGGCCGGGCGAGAAGGUCGGCAUCGUCGGGCGCACGGGUGCGGGGAAGAGCAGCAUCAUGACGACGCUCUACCGCCUCGUCGAGCUGUCCGAGGGCUCGAUCGUCAUCGAUGGAGUCGACAUUUCUACGAUCGGCCUGAAGGACCUCCGGGAUGGGCUUGCGAUCAUCCCUCAAGAUCCUCUUCUCUUCUCCGGAACGCUUCGCAGUAACCUGGACCCCUUCGGCGCUCACGACGAUGCACGGCUGUGGGACGCGCUCAAGCGCGCGUACCUCGUCGACGACAAGAAAGACUCGGUCGACUUCACGGACGAGGAGAUCAAGGACGGCGCGCGGAGCCCGGUCAACAGGUUCUCGCUCGACAGUCUUAUUGACGACGAGGGGAGCAAUCUGUCCAUUGGACAGCGGUCGCUUGUGUCCUUGGCCAGAGCUCUUGUGAAGGAUAGCAAGAUCCUUAUCCUGGACGAGGCGACUGCUUCUGUCGACUACGAGACGGACAGAAAAAUCCAGGACACGAUCGCGACCGAGUUUGCAGACCGCACCAUCCUGUGCAUUGCCCACCGUUUGCGCACGAUCAUCGGGUACGACCGCAUCUGCGUGCUCGACGCGGGCCAAAUCGCCGAGUUCGACACGCCUGCGAACCUAUACGCAGCCUCCGGGGGCAUCUUCCGCAGCAUGUGCGACCGCUCGUCGAUCACGCUCAGCGACAUCAAGAUGGCGGAGAAGGCGAAGGUGGCAGAGUACGAGUCAUAGCCCUGGCUCGUACGAGGAGUGUGAGGUGGUUCUGUUUGAUCUUAUGACUAGAGAGGCGUAGACGAAACGGCCGCCUGUGGGCGAUGCCGCAAGAUGAGAAGUGCUUUGAAAUUUGGUUACGUUUUGCUUCACGGGCUUUAAUGAUCACGCAUUUGUACGUACGAUGACUACACUCACGCGCAAUUUGUAUAUACACGAUUUGCUUCAUAGUAUCCAAACG